AUGGACCCCCCAAAACAACUGGGUUGGUAUUCGGAACAUGGUCGAGCUCCCACGGGUGAAUUCUCAAGGUCCUUGGGCUCGUUUGGGGUUAGAGGCGGUUUCUGUACCUAUCAGGGUCCGCGACGACGUGUCGCGACGACGGAGCGGCUCAGCUCCCGAGGCCGCUAUGGCCCCUGGCUUGCAGAGGCUCCCGGUGCGCUCACCUCCGGCGUGGCCCUGCGGCUCUUCUGCGUGCCGCCGGUGGGCAUGGGUGGCGCUGCCUUCCACCCCUGGGUGAAGCACUUGCCGCGCUCCGUGGAGCUCUUGUCUGUGGAGUUGCCGGGCCGGGGCUUCCGCCUGUCCGAAGCGAUGACGGUGGGGCGUGGAAACGAACAGAGCGGGGCCAAGUCGCUGCCGCAACUGGCGCGUGAUGUGCUGGAUGGCAUCGGCCGCGAGACCUUCGUCGACCUGCCCUUUGUGCUCUUUGGACAUUCCUUUGGCGCAUGGCUGGCCUAUGAGAUGCUGCAGGAGCUGCUGCGCCGCGCAUGGCCUCGGCCGCUGAAGCUCUACGUCUCGGCGAACCGCGCCGUGAGCCUGAGCGGGUCGGAGCACGAUCCGGACCAGGUCCAGCCUGAGUUGGCCCAGCUGGGCGCUGAUCGCUUCUGGCAACACUUCGAGCGACGCUACGGCAUCAACCCUGAUUUGCAGCAUUCCUAUGUGCGGGACCACGUGCGGGGCAUCUUGCAGAAUGAUUUCACUCUUCUGGAAAAUUACAUUCCCAGCACACUGGAACAGCUGCCUGUGCCCCUGUGUGCCCUUUGCGCCAAAGGAGAUGCGCGUUGCCGUCCCGAGCAACUCACGGCCUGGAAUCAAGUGGCGGGCGACAGCUUCCAAGAACGCUGGUUCCAGGCGAGUUCUGGUGACCGUUGA